GAUAUUAUGAGUCUGCAAAGUGAUAUUGCUGAAGUUGGCCAAAAGGAUAUGAGAGCUACUAUAUCGAAUCUUCAGAAAGAACUUCAGGAGAAGGAUAUACAGAGAGAAAAAAUAUGUGCAGAACUUGUUAGUCAGAUUAAGGAAGCUGAAUCUGUUUCAAAGAGUUAUUCACAAGAGCUUCAAAUAGCAAAAUCUCAGAUGAAUGAUUUACACAGGAAGGUGGACCUGAUGGAGGAGGAGCGAGAUUCUCUGGCACACAGGAUAAAAGAACUGCAAGAUCAGGAGUCCAGCUUUGCUGACUUACAGUUAAGAGUUAAAGCACUUGAAGACAUGCUAGCUGCAAAGGAACAAGAAAAUGAGGCACUGAUGCAAGCACUCGAUGAGGAGGAGGCCCAAAUGGAAGACAUGACAAACAAGAUUGAAGAAAUGGAGAGAGUCCUACUUCAAAAAAAUAAAGAUAUGGAGAACCUUGAAGUUUCCCGGGGGAAGACUAUGAAGAAGCUUUCUGUUACAGUAAGCAAAUUUGAUGAACUUCAUCAACUAUCUGAAAGCCUUUUGUCUGAGGUUGAGAAUCUUCAGUCACAAUUACAAGAGCGAGAUACAGAGAUUUCUUUCUUGAGGCAAGAAGUUACAAGAUGCACUAAUGAUGCAAUAGCUUCUGCUCAGAUGGGUAGCAAAAGAAAUACUGAUGAAAUCUGCGACUUUUUGACAUGGGUUGACAAGAUGAUUUCCCGAGUCCAGACGCAUGAUAUGAAUUAUGAUGAUGCAAAAAUUAACCAGAUCCAUGAAUAUAAGGAAAUGUUAGAGAAGCAGGUCGUGUCUGUGGUAUCUGAGCUGGAAGAUCUGCGUGCACUGGCACAGACGAGAGAUUUAAUGUUGAAAGUAGAGAAAGAUAAAGUAGAACAGCUGGUUAGGAAAGAAGAAUUUCUUGAGAACUCUUUGCGUGACAAGGAAUCUCAAUUAACCAUGCUUCGAGGGGCCAGUGACAUGGGGCAACUAGUAAAUUCUACGUCGGAAAUUAUAGAGAUAGAGCCAGUGGCCAACAAAAGGGUAAUGCCUGGAACUGUUGCAUCUCAAGUUCGCAGUUUGCGCAAAACUAAUAAUGACCAAGCAGCUGUUGCGAUAGAUGUGGAUCCUGAGAGUGGGAAACUAGAAGAUGAAGAUGAUGAUAAGGCUCAUGGUUUCAAGUCUCUAACGACAUCAAGGAUUGUCCCACGGUUUACAAGGCCCAUAACUGACAUGAUAGAUGGUCUAUGGGUAUCUUGUGAUCGGACAUUAAUGCGGCAGCCUGUUCUACGGCUUAGUGUGAUCAUCUAUUGGUUUGUGUUGCAUGCUCUUCUUGCGACAUUUGCAGUAUGAGAAGAAUAGGUCCGUUGUCUGAUUUUCUCACUGUGAUUAGUUGUGGAGUCACGGGCAAGAUAGUGCAUUGAUGUCUUCACAAUUUUCUGUAAAUCAUCCAAGUUAGUUUGGCUAGAUUUUGGCUGAUAAUUCAUUAUUUUGCUCAACCAGGAAUUUGUGAUUUGUUAUGUUUUUUUGUGAAUCACGUUCUUGGUUGUAUUCAUAUAGGCAAUCCAUAGCAGUGUAUCCAAAUAUGAGAUUUCAUAGCAGUAGGGGCAUAUGGAUGGGAAAAUUAGUUUAGUGACAGCAGAAUCAAAGAUCUGUAAUUUUUUACUAGUACCCAUUUGUUACAGUUUUUUCUUAAUAAGAAAUGUGUAGGUUGCUUCUUGUACCACAGCAUUGCUUUCAUGUCCUUAUAGUAUUAGGUUUAGGUGCAGCGACAUACACAAGAAAUUGAGCAUAAAAAUGUUUGGAAUUGACCUCUGUUAACA